CAUGUGGGGGGCAAGAACAACUCCUACUCAUCCCCAUUGUGUCUGACCUGAACAAACUGAGAGCUGUAUGAAGCAUCCCUCGGGAAGCAGAAGUGAGAACUGCUAACAGAUUGGUUGACACCCGUCAUGUGACUGAUGCUAGGCAACAUGUGCUAUUGGCCUUCUGGAUUGCAGACAGCUUCGAAGGAGUAUCAGUUUGUGCGCGUAUGUGGGCAAAGGAGCCCCUGAUUUCUCCACAGCCGUCUGAGAAAGCCGUCAGCGGCUCUUCUAUUGAGCUUGCCUCAAGUAUUUAUAAUCUCAAAAGCAAGACACACAAAAAAUCAGAAAAAAACCACCAUUGAAGACACCAUUGAAGACUCAUGGGCUAUGAGAAUAUAAGUGUGACUGAGAGCUUCUACACAUCUCACUCCAAGGUACGUCUAAGACAGAAUCAUGAAUAAAUUGCAAGACAACCAGGAGCAGAUGAUACCAUGAAGAGAAGUUUACAGGUCCUCUACUGCCAACUGCUUAGUGUUCUACUGAUCUUGGCACUGACAGAAGAAAUAGUGUUUGCUGUUCAGGUCCCACCUCUCAACUUGACAUCAUCUCAGGGCCUUCGGACAGAGAAUAUCAGUAUCUCAGCUAUGAGGAUGACACCUCAACCCAAAGGCCAUCAUGCAGCCCAGCCUUUACCCACAGCUGCACUUGCAAAUUUUCAUUCUAUUAGCUCAGUGGUGACUUUUGCUCCUUCUCUUGGCCCGAAGAAAUCAACCAGCAGCCAUCCUGUCAGUAACAAGGAACCAUUUCAUUUAUACAACCAGAGUGUUUUGUCUUCUGGGGAGACUCUUUCCAAAGGGAAAACCUUCCAGAUUGUCAAAGGCAAUCACACAGAAUCUCCAGAGCCUUAUCUAAAGACAGAGCUGCAUUCUUCUCCCACCAUGAGGAACUGGUCUUCAAAUUAUCCAUUUCAGCCUCAACCUACAAUUCACAGCAAUCAUAAUAGCACUGUGCUGGUAACGACAACAGACUUGGUUGCUCCUCUCCACACUGAUACCCUGGAAAGCCUUAACAAAGCAGGAGUGAAAGGGAGCUCAACAGAAUUGGUUACACAGGAAACAAAUCUUAAGACUCCAACAACUGGCCCAUCUACUGCUCCCGAAAUGGUGACGGUGCCUUUGAAACCUCCACACUACAGCAUAUGGGAUAUUCUGGGCAAAAAUAACUCAUGGGUAACCUCGAGCCAGAGUACGAAACAGGGUUAUUUUGCUAGGACUGGGACUGCAACAGCAGCUUUAGGUCACACUGGCCAAACAAGCAUUGAGGCCAAUGUUUCACUGUAUACAACAGGAAGUCCUAAUGGGACAUUUACAGCUCUGUAUCCCUCUGGGCAUAAUAUCAGCUUCCCAAGCAGUGCGCUCUCCACAGAACCCUCCACAUGGCUGCCAAGUUCCACCUCAACAGCAACAGGAAAUUUCCUAAACAGACUGGUGCCUGCUGGAACCCGGAAGCCUGGUCUGCCAGGAAACAUUUCCCAUGUCACAGAGCAGGACAAGCCCCAACACAGGACAACCAUUUGUCUCAGCAAAGUGGAUAUAGCAUGGAUCAUCUUGGCGAUCAGUGUCCCCAUCUCCUCAUGCUCUGUCCUACUAACUGUCUGCUGCAUGCGGAGGAAGAAGAAGACGUCUAACCCUGAAAGCAACCUGAGCUAUUGGAACAAUGCUAUCACCAUGGAUUACUUCAACAGGCAUGCCGUAGAAUUACCAAGAGAGAUACAGUCCCUUGAAACAUCAGAGGACCACCUGUCUGAGCCACGCUCUCCAGCCAAUGGCGAUUACAGAGACACAGGCAUGGUCCUCGUUAACCCCUUCUGUCAAGAAACGCUAUUUGCAGGACAUGAUCAAGUUUCGGAAAUAUGACUCCUGCCCUUGUACGUGCAGCCCCAUCUAUAUUGUCUCCAAAUUAUAAAUAUAUAUAUUAUAUAUAUUAUAAAUAUAAUCUUUGUGUAACCCUGAAUUAUGAGAAACAUUUUCAGCUUCCCCCUCCCCUAAGAAUUAUCAGCCUCUUUUUUAUAAGUGUGGUUAAAAACUUUACAGAACAAACUUCAGCUUUAUAAAAUAAAUGUUAUUUCUAAGCAAAAACC